AUGUCCAAGAAGGGCAGCAGCGGCCGGGCCAAGGGGGAGAAGCCUGACGCGCUGGCCGCCCUGCAAGCUGCCAAUGAGGACCUCCGGGCCAAGCUCACGGACAUCCAGAUCGAGCUCCAGCAGGAGAAGAGUAAGGUCAGUAAGGCCGAGCGGGAGAAAACCCAGGAGAUCCGGCAGGCGAAAGAGCACGAGCAGCGCAAAAACACCGUGUUGGUGACGGAGCUCAAAGCCAAACUCCACGAAGAAAAGAUGAAGGAGCUGCAGGCGGUCCGCGAAGCGCUCCUGAGGCAGCACGAGACGGAGCUGCUGCGCGUCAUCCGCAUCAAAGACAACGAGAACCAGCGGCUGCAGGCGCUCCUGGCCGCGCUCAGAGACAGCGCCCCGGAUAAGGUCAAAACGGUGCUCAUCUCCGAGGCGCGGGAAGAGGCCAAGAAGGGCUUUGAGUUCGAGAAGCUAAAAAUGCAGCAAGAAAUCUCUGACCUCAAGGGAGCCAAGAAGCAAGUGGAGGAGGCCCUGACCCUGGUCAUCCAGGCCGACAAGAUCAAGGCCGCCGAGAUCCGGAGCGUCUAUCACCUCCACCAGGAGGAGAUAACCCGCAUCAAGAGAGAGUGCGAAAGAGAGAUCCGCAGGCUGAUGGAGGAGAUAAAAUUUAAAGACAGAGCAGUCUGCGUGCUGGAGAGAGAGUUAGGGGUCCAAGCCGGGCAUGCUCAGAGACUUCAACUCCAAAAAGAGGCUUUAGAUGAACAGCUUUCUCAGGUCAAAGAGGCCGAGCGGCAUCUGGGCAGCCCCAAACGAGAGCUUCCUUUUGGCAGUGGUGCAGGAGACGCCUCAGACCACUCAGGAAGCCCUGAACAGCAGUUGGACGAGAAGGACGCCCGGCGCUUCCAACUUAAGAUUGCCGAGCUAAGCGCCAUCAUCAGGAAGCUGGAGGACCGCAACGCCCUGCUUUCUGAAGAGAGAAAUGAACUGCUGAAGCGCUUGAGGGAAGCAGAAAGCCAGUAUAGACCCCUGCUGGACAAAAACAAACGCUUGAGUCGGAAAAACGAAGAUCUGGCCCAUGCUUUACGGCGGAUGGAGAAUAAGCUGAAGUUUGUGACCCAGGAGAACCUCGAGAUGAGACAGCGAGCCGGAAGCAUCCGCAGGCCGAGCUCCUUGAACGAUCUGGACCAGAGUCAGGAGGAGAGAGAAGUGGACUUCCUGAGGAUGCAGAUGGUGGAGCAGCAGAACCUGAUCGAUGAGCUGUCCAAGACCCUGGAAACAGCAGGCUAUGUCAAGAGUGUCCUGGAACGGGACAAGCUUUUAAGAUUCAGGAAGCAAAGAAAGAAAAUGGCCAAACUGCCCAAGAAGCCGGUCGUGGAGACGUUUUUCGGGUAUGACGAAGAGGCCUCCUUAGAGUCCGACGGUUCCUCCAUCUCCUACCAGACAGACAGAACAGACCAGACUCCCUGCACGCCCGACGACGACCUGGAGGAGGGAAUGGCCAAAGAAGAGACGGAGCUGAGGUUUCGCCAGCUCACCAUGGAAUACCAGGCUUUGCAGCGAGCCUAUGCCUUGCUGCAGGAACAAGUGGGAGGAACGUUGGAUGCAGAGCGAGAAGUUAAGACUCGCGAGCAGCUACAAGCAGAAGUGCAGCGCUCCCAAGCACGCAUAGAAGACCUGGAGAAAGCCCUGGCUGAGCAAGGACAGGACAUGAAAUGGAUAGAAGAGAAGCAAGCUCUGUAUCGCAGAAAUCAAGAACUCGUCGAAAAGAUAAAGCAAAUGGAGACAGAAGAAGCACGGCUCAAACAUGACGUCCAGGACGUGAAGGAUCAAAAUGAACUCUUGGAAUUCCGGAUCUUGGAGCUGGAGGAGCGUGAAAGGAAAUCCCCUGCUAUCAACUUCCACCACACGCCUUUUGUGGACGGCAAGAGCCCCCUGCAAGUUUACUGUGAGGCCGAAGGCGUCACGGAUAUCCUCGUGGCAGAGCUAAUGAAGAAGCUGGACAUUUUGGGGGAUAACGCCAAUUUGACCAACGAGGAGCAGGUCAUUGUCAUCCAAGCAAGGACAGUGCUGACCCUGGCUGAGAAGUGGCUCCAGCAGAUAGAGGUGACUGAGUCUGCCCUGCAGCAGAAGAUGGUGGAUCUGGAGAAUGAGAAGGAGUUAUUUAGCAAACAGAAGGGCUAUCUGGAUGAAGAGCUGGAUUACAGGAAGCAAUCUCUGGACCAAGCACACAAGCAAAUCCUGGAGCUGGAGGCCAUGCUCUACGACGCGCUGCAGCAGGAAGCCGGGGCCAAGAUGGCGGGGAUCCUGUCAGAGGAUGAGCGGGAGAAGCUCAAGGUGGCCGUAGAGCAGUGGAAGCGGCAGGUCAUGAGUGAGCUGCGUGAGAGGGACGCCCAGAUCCUGCGGGAGCGCAUGGAGCUGAUUCAGCAUGCCCAACAGAGGAUAAAAGAGCUGGAAGAGAGAAUUGAAGCCCAAAAAAGACAAAUAAAGGAACUGGAGGAAAAGUUUUUAUUUUUGUUUUUAUUUUUCUCUUUAGCGUUCAUCCUUUGGUCAUAGUCGGCCGUGGCGCCCAGCAGGGAGGGUUUCCCAAAGAAGCCCGAAAACCUCCUUCUCUUCUCGGACCAGUCAGCAC